UACCGAAAGUGGGAGUUAUAUAUCCUCACCUUGUAUCCGUUUCCAAACACCUCUUCGUUUCCAAACACUUCACAUAGCCUUCUUCUCAUCCAUAAACAGCGAUCACCAUGACUGAAGCCACUUCAGACCUCCCAAAGGAGGAUCUGAAGAAAGAAUUAUCACCCUCCGUCGAUGUCGGCUUCGCUUCUACCGAGGAGGCUGAGAAGUCCUUACAGUUCACGGAGGUUGAGCAUGCGAUGGGCUUCUGGCAAGCUGCGAAGCUGUACUGGCCUGCCAUAUGUUGGGGUCUUUUCAUCAACUUGGCCACUAUUUUGAAAGGUAUGGACGGCGGUAUCGUCGGAAGCUUGAUUGGUCUUGAGCCGUUCAAGCGCGACUACGGAUACGAAUUCAACGGUACAUACAUCGUUGCCGCUCACUGGGUCUCCGCAUUCAACUAUGCCAACAAGCUAGGAGCAAUCUGUGGAGCACUCGCGUCCGGUUUCGCAUACGACAAACUUGGCCCCCGGUGCAUGAUGGCAGCCUGCUCCGGCAUGUCCGUCGCUUUCAUCUUCCUGCAGUUCUUCGCGCACACACCAGGACAACUGUUCGCCGGCGAGCUCAUCAACGGAUGCAUCAUCGCCUUCUACCCCAUCUGCGCGUCGGCCUACAUUGGAGAGGUCUGCCCUCUCGCUCUUCGUGGCUUCGCAGCAUCCAUGACCAACCUCGCUUUUGUCAUUGGUCAGUUUAUUGCUUCGGGUAUAUUGAAAGGGACGAAUGGCAUCGACAGCAAGUACUCCUACAAAGUCCCCAUCGCCACGCAGUGGGCUCUCCCUGCUGUUAUGCUGUCAAUCAUCUACUUCUGUCCGGACCCGCCAUACUGGCUCUGCAAGAAAGGACGGUACGAGGCAGCUGAGAAGUCGCUCCGUCGUCUCGCUACAUCCGAUGUCGAACCUUCGCUAAAGCUCGCUCACAUCAAAGAGACGCUGCGCCUAGAAACAACGUAUAACGAUAAAGACAAGCCAACGAUCCUGGAUUGUUUCCGAGGCGCUAACUUUCGUCGUCUCAUCAUAUGUGUGAUGGCGUAUGAUAUGCAGGCCUUCACUGGCAACAUCCUCUUCAUCGACUACGCGGUUUACUUCUUCGAGCUCGCUGGCCUCGAUGCCUCCAACGCCUUCUCUAUGAAUCUUGGGCUCACGGCCAUUGGCUUCGUAGGGACCUGCCUCUCCUGGCCUCUCGCAUCCUACAUCGGCCGCCGGACAGCGUACUUCUGGGGCUGCACUGGCCUUGCUGUACUUUUGUUCUUGAUUGGCGCGAUCGACCUUGCCCCUCGUUCCUCCCACGCGCCAACAUGGGCUCAAUGCUCGCUAAUGCUCAUCUGCAACCUCAUCUACGACAUCACGAUCGGCCCCUUCUGCUUCAUCCUUCUCGCCGAAGUAUCUUCCGCCAAAUUGCGCGGGAUGACGAUCGCUCUCGCUACGGUCACUUGCCACAUCGUCUCUAUCGUCUUCUCGGUCGUCAUCCCUUACGCGCUGAACGAGGAUCAGGGCAACUGGAGGGGCAAGCUGGGCUUCUUGUUCGCGGGUCUUAGUUUCUUGUGUGCGGUGUAUUGCUUCUUUUGCUUGCCGGAGACCAAGGAUAGGACGUUCGAGGAGUUGGAUAUUAUGUUUGAAAGGAGGAUUGGGAGCAGGAAGUUCAAGGACUAUGAGAUUAAUGGCGCCGUAGAGGCGAGGGAGGAGCUGGGUGAGCGGGUCUAAAGCUUAUAGGCUAGAUGGUGGUGGCCGCAGCAUCAUGGUCUCAUAGGGUGGGUGUGAACAUCACAACCAUUAUACGAAUAUUUUGGGGGAGACGGUCAUGGUAAUAAUGU